UUUUUCACACUAUCAUACUUGUUACAACGUGAUAGGCAUGGUUACCAAUGAUAAAAAUCCGACCAUCUUAGCCCUGCAGUAUUAUCCAGUUAUUAGCAACCUCAAGUACCACGACAAACUUUAAGACACGUGGGGCAUUGUUAACUGUUGUCUUAAAGAAUUGUAAGGUACAACUGGCUUUAUUUAUAAACAAAAAUUAAUUAGGAUUCCACGAAAACAUCCGUUACAUACCUAUAUCCUUUUUAAUUCAAUACCAUAAACAAUCCCUAUUAAGCGUUUAUAAGCUUGUUAAGUCUGAAAAAAAAAACUAGAAUGUGGAAGUGUCUCGUAAAAAUGUGAAUCUUAUAGAAAAGGAGCUUAUAUAGACUUAGGUUAUGUAGACAUUUAUUUUAUUGUACCUACAUACAUAUAUUUAAGUACCUAAGACAUGUUAAGAUAAAUGCAAAAGGAAUCCCCUGAGCUAUCAGGGUGCGUAGCUAAGAUGCCAAUCGCUUACGCUCCGUAGCGAACUAACCGCAACUGUCACUGUUUCACUAAUAAGGAAGAGUGAUAGAGAGAGGUGACUACGCUACGCUACGGAGCGUUAACGACUGGAACGUUGGCUAAGCACGCAGGUCUGCUAUAUAAAGGGGUCCAGGAGAGAAUAACGUUAUUUAAGUAUUUUCUGUUCUUCACCACAGUGUUUACAGUUUUUACAGACAAGAAAAAUGAACCUGUUGUGUGUAUUCGUCGUUCUGCUUUCCUGCGUUUUCAUCCAGGCGUGGUAUGGCACAGAGGAACCAAAAUUUUUGUCGGAUAGAUUCGAUUACUACUAUAGACUUGCUCAGAAAAGGCGGGAGCUAGAGCGUGAACAGCAGGAAAGGAGAAAUAAGCGUGAAGUUACGGGUUCUUACCCGGUUGGAAACAACGGGAAACUUAUAGGCACCCUCGGGGACACCGCCAAGGGAGGGCUCUAUGGCACCGGCGCCUAUGAGCACACCUUCACCAACGGCGACGGCGGGCGGCUGGCGGGGCAGGCAUACAGCACGCGCGUGUUGAACCCGAACCGUGACUCCACCUACUACGGAGGCAAGCUGGACUGGAGCGACUCCAACAUGCACGCUUCAGUGGACGCGAGACAGCGGCUCGGCGGGCGCGCUAGAAUGGACGUGGAAGCCGGCGGCAGAUGGGAGCCCUUCAAGAACUCCGAGGUGACAGCCGGAGGAUUCUACAGCAAGAGGGAGGGCAGGCCUUCCGAUUACGGUGGCCUCGUCAAUUUCCGUUAUAACGGCUGGUGAUUUGAUCUCAUUGUCAUGCACACCUGGGGUUUUUAUCCUUCCAGGCUUAUACAUUUAUCAAAGAUUUUUAUAUUUCUUAUAUUGAAAUAAACUUUUGUAUUCUUAUUCUUACUCUUAUUUGGAGCCUAACCUGCG